AUGCAGCUUGACGUGUCCAAGCUGAAGUUGGACGGAGUUUCUGGGCCACUUAUGGUCACGCGUGAAUGCGUUACCACCAUAAGAAGCUUCAGCGGAAGUCACUGGUACCCGGUGAAAUUCUACGUGAUCCCGGACCUGCCCGACCUUCCUCACCAGACGAUCGUCUUGAGCGAUACUGACGUCCCGGCAGGGUUAUCGUACGCUGACGAUAACUUUAACGUUGCCGGCCCAAUUGACGCAAUAUUGGGAGCCGGGGUAUACUUUGCCGCGCUUACACCCGGUUUAAGACGAAACCAUCAAGGACUCACAAUCCAGAACUCUGUGUUCGGGUGGCUCGUGGGUGGUAUAGUCCAAGAGGAUGUGGCCGAUGACGUGAGGUCACAUCAAUGCGGGGUGGCCACAGCGGAAGAAGACCCCAGGACGAGCAUCGAGAGGUUCUGGCAGGUGGAGGACGCGUCCCUGCCUCAAGCCGCGAUUUCAAUGAAAAUCUCCUCACCGGACCUCGAGGCCUUCUUUAAGGAAACCACGUCGUUGGCACCGGACGGCCGAUACGUCGUCCGAAUUCCCUUACGGGGGGAGCUGAAGCAGCUUGGCGACUCCUACCAACACGGAGUUAAGCGCUUGCUAGCUCUAGAGCGCAAGCUAGAGCGCCGCGCUCAGACGUAUGACGACUACCGGGCGUUCAUGCGCGAAUACGUGGACCUCGGGCACAUGACGCCGGUCGAAUCGGACGGCGCCGGACGGGUAAUCUACGUGAUACCCCACUCAUGCGUCAUCAAGCCUGAGUCGUCGAGCACAAAGCUACGUGUAGUGUUCGACGCCAGCGCAAAGUCAUCUACGGGGGUGUCGCUCAACGAUCUGCAGGUCGUUGGACCAGUCUUGCAGCCGGAUCUGCUGCGCAUCUGGCUCGACUUUCGAGUACAAACGGUGGUGGCAACGGCCGACAUCGCAAAGAUGUAUCGCCAGGUGUGGGUGUCGGAUGAGGACACCUGGAUGCAGUGCAUCCUGUGGCGCGAACGCAAAGACGACCCCAUCCAGACGUACCGACUGCGUACAGUAACGUACGGCGAGGCCGCUUCCUCAUACUUAGCUUGCAGAGCGCUGCUAGAGGCCGGACAUGAGGCGCGUGCUGGAAACCCGCAAGUCGCUGACGCAAUCCAGCGAGGGUUCUACGUGGAUAACCUGUCGCUGGGCGCCUCCACACCCGACGAGCUACGUGCCCUGUACUCGGGAGUGGAGCAGGCGCUACUUCGCCGCGGCAUGCCGCUGCGGAAGUGGGCGUCCAACGAUCCUGAGAUACUGCGUCACGUACCGCAGGAGCAUCGGGAGGCUCCUGUCAAGAUCGGCGACCGCGAGGCUGUGCGCAUGCUCGGACUGUCGUGGUGCCCAACUGAUGACACGUUUCAGUUGGUCAUACACGAGGACGUUAUUCAGUUAGCGGAGCAAUUGACGAAGCGCGGCCUCAUCGCCAAGAUCUGCAAGCUGUACGAUCCGGUCGGGAUCCUGCAGCCGGUGAUCAUCACUGCGAAAGUGAUGAUGCAAGAUCUCUGGCGAGAAGAUCUGGCAUGGGACGACUACGUGUCACCCGCAACGGUCCAAGAGUGGAACAAGUUCACGUCGCAACUUCCACUCUUGAGACAGCUACAUAUCCCACGGAUGGCAUCGCCCAGCGGACCGACGACGCUGCGUAUCGACGGCUUCUGCGAUGCAUACGUAAAGGCCUACGGCUGCAUGGUCUACGUGACCUUCGAGGAUGACCAGGGCCAACGGAGCACGCGCCUGCUGUGCUCCAAGUCCAGCGUGGCCCCACUUAAGGCAAUGACGUUGCCACGACUAGAGCUGCAAGCGGCAGUUUUGCUAGCCGAUCUCUACGUGCGAAUCAAGGACGUCUUCGGCUCCCGUGUCUACGAAACGUAUUGGUGGUCCGAUUCACAGGUAGCGCUAACCUGGAUACGUUCGGACAAUUCUCGGUGGGACGUCUUCGUGGAGAACCGAGUCACCAAAGUCCAGAUGGCUACCGUGACCACCGACUGGCGCUACGUGCCCACCAAACUUAACCCGGCCGACAUCGUGUCCCGAGGCAUCUCGGCACGAAAGUUGAUACGGCCAGACGUCAUGACGUUUUGGUUGAACGGUCCUUCAUUCGUCCAAACGGGAUGUCGUGGGAUACUUGAGCCGAGCCCAUCUGCCGAUCCCGCCGUCUUGGAAGCAGUGGCCCCGCAAGCUCCAGUGCUACUGGCCACCGUCGGGCCUGCUUGCGAUGACCUGAUCUCGCAAUACAAGCACCACUGCUCAUUACCACAGACACGCCGUCACUUUGCCUGGCUUGGACGCGCAGUCAACAAUUUCAAGGCUAGAUCGGCCUCGCUACGUGCAAAGAAUCCUGGCCUUUCCGCGACAUACGGUCCCAUGACGCUCGCAGCCCAAGAGGAAGGGCUGCGAUACAUCUUGCUACGGAUGCAGACGACGGUCCAUCCGAAUGAAGUGCGCGAGAUGCAAAUGACCGGACACAUCACGCCAACGAGUCGCCUCCAGCAUCUCAACCCGAUCUGCGUAAAUGGGUUGAUUCACGUGCAAGGGAGGCUGCAGAACGACGAACUUGCUGAGGAGGCGCGACUACCCAUCCUCGUCCCGAAGUCCCACCCGUUUUCAAGGGUGAUGAUCCGGGACAUCCACGCGAGGAAACAACAACGCGGGAGUCGCCCUGGUUAUAGCGGAAUUUAG